GCUGUCAUCAGUGAAAGACAAAGACAGAGUUUAUUGAAGGACAGUGAGAAGAUGAGUGAUCCAGAACCCUGCAGAAUUAAACAGGAAGAGACUGAAGAACUAAUAGAUGUGGUGGUGAUGGAGGAGAGUGAAGAACUGAGUGAAGAUGAGGAGAAACAUCAUGUCAGAAGUGAAGAAGAAACUCAGACAAAGGACAUUUUUUUAAUGGAAGGAACAGCCAAAUGUUUCACCUGCACUGUGUGUGGAAACAGUUUUAACCGAAAAUAUGCUCUCGAGCUUCACAUGAGGAUUCACAGCGGAGAGAAACCGUACAAGUGUUCACACUGCGACAAGAGAUUCAAUCAGUUAGGACACCUGAAAACACACAAGAGAAUUCACACUGGAGAGAGGCCGUACACGUGUACUCAGUGUGGGAAGAGUUUCACUCAAUCAUCAUCCUGUAAUCAACACAUGCUGAUCCACACUGGAGAGAAACCACACCAAUGUGAUCAGUGCAGCAAAACAUUUUCCAGGCUUUCAGAGCUGAAGGAGCAUCUUCGAGUUCAUACAAAUGAGAAGCCGUAUUCAUGCUCUAAGUGUGGGAAGAGUUUUACACGACAGUCGAGUUUAAAUGAACAUCAGAAGAUCCACACUGGUGUGAGAGAGUUUGUGUGCUUUGAGUGUGGGAAGAGUUUCAUUAAAUCUGCAGACUUGAAACGACACCAGAUGAUCCACACUGCAGAGAAACCAUUCACCUGUGCUUUGUGUGGGAUGAGUUUUAAACAAUCAUCACACCUUAACAAACACAUGCUGAACCACGUUGUAGAGAACCCUUAUAAGUGUUCACACUGCGACAAGAGAUUCAGCCAGUUAAGACACAUGAAAACACACGAGAAGGAGCAUCUUGGAGUUCAUACAAACGAGAAGCCUUAUUCAUGUUCUGAGUGUGAAAAGAGUUUUACUAUGCUGUCAAUUUUACAUGAACAUCAGAAGAUCCACACUGGUGUUAGAAAGUUUGUGUGCGUUAAGUGUGAGAAGACUUUCAUUACAGCUCGAGAUUUAAAACGACACCAGAUGAUUCACACUGGAGAGAAACCUUUCACAUGUACUCAGUGUGGGAUAGGCUUUAAACAAUCAUCACACCUUACUAAGCACAUGCUGAUCCACACUGGAGAGAAACCACACAAAUGUGAUCAAUGCGACAAAGCAUUUUCAAGAGCUUCUCAGCUGAAGGACCAUCUUAGAUAUCAUUCGCAGGAGAAGCCUUACUCAUGUCCUGUGUGUGGAAAGAGCUUUGCACGUUUACAAGUUUUAAAUGCACAUCAGAAGAUCCACACUGGCGUGAGAGCGCAUGCAUGCUUUGAGUGUGAGAAGACUUUCGUUAGAGCUACAGACCUGAAACAACAUCAGAUGAUCCACACCGGAGAGAAACCUUUCGUGUGUUCACACUGCAACAAAACAUUCAGACAUUCAGGACAUCUGGUAGCACACGAGAGGAUCCACACUGGAGAGAAACCAUACUCGUGUACUCAGUGCGGGAAGAGUUUCAGAGUUUCAUCAUCCCGUAAUGAACACAUGAUGCACCACACUGGAGAGAAACCACAUAAAUGUGAUCAAUGCGGUAAAACAUUUUUGAGGCCUUCAGAGCUGAGGAAACAUCUUACAGUUCAUGAAAAGGAGGAGCCUUAUUCAUGUUCCUUGUUAGGAUAUAGUACACAUCAAUGAAAUUCACCUACCUAAAAACUCUCCACUGUAUUCACAGAUUUAUUAACGGGGCAUGAGUGAACGUUAAUUCACAAUUGACGCUUCACUGCAGUUUGACAGGCUAUCCACAAGGUCUGUACCUCCCGGUGCUGUCUGUCGUGUUUUCUGACAGGCUUCAUAAUAAAGUAGCAAUAAUAAUUAACGUUAAAAAAAAUGUCAAAACGU